UCUCUCUCUCUUUUUCUCCUUUUACAGUGUCAUCUCAUCUCAGGCUGGCUCACCACCACUUACCAGAUUGAGUAACAAAACAGCACAACGCAAGCCAAGCCAAAACAAUACAAUACAAAAAUAUCAUCUAUUAACUGAAAACGUAACAUGUUUUUGCUUUUCUCAGACGACUCCCUUCUUCAUUCCUUUCUUCUUCUGUUCUUUAAACCCCCUUAAUAUAUUUAAUCUUCAUAUUCACUCCAUAGACUUACUAUUUCUCCACUUUCCCACUUCCAUUCUCUCAUGUUUUUGUCAAAUUCUUGAUUUUGUUACUACCCUUUUAGUUAAACCAUUUUUUUUCUCCCACUUAUCUAAGGAAGUUUUUUUUCUUUACUUGCUUAGUAAAAGUUUUUGUUUUCCUGCUCUGAGUUUUUACAAAUUUUCUUCUUUUGAGUUUGUAUAAUCUAAGGAUUGAAUUUUUGUUAUAGCUGAAAGUUAAAAAAUGAUUCUUGAACGUUUUCAUUUCUUGGUUUCUUUGUCUGUUCUGGUUCUUGCUUUACAAAUUAAGUGUUGUUUGUGUUCCUACAACCCUCAACCCAUGAAUUGCACGGACGCUACUAGGUUAUGCACAUCUUUUUUGGCGUACGAGAUGAAGCCAAACCAGACUCUGACGGUGAUCCAAAGCAUGUUUGAUGUGUUACCAGGAGAUGUGACUGUGGAGGGAAAUGGUAAUGGUUACAUUUUUGUGAAGAAGAAUUGUUCUUGUUUGUCAACGACAAAGAAUUAUGUAACCAACACAACAUAUACAGUGAAAACCAAUGGAGGGUAUGUGUAUGAUGUGGUUGUGAAUGCAUAUGAUGGGCUUGGUUUCUUGAACAGUACUUCUAGGAUGGCUAGAGUCGGGGCAGUGGUGUCAUUGAGGCUAUUUUGUGGGUGUUCAAGUGGGUUGUGGAAUUACUUGAUGAGUUAUGUGUUGAAAGAGGGGGAUACUUUGCAGUCUCUGUCUAGCAGGUUUGGAAUUAGUAUGGAUAGUAUUGAGCAAGUGAAUGGGAUUGAUAAUCCUAAUAAUGUGACUGUUGGUAAUGUGUACUACCUUCCAUUGAACACAGUUCCCGGCGAACCAUAUCCUGUGGAGAAUGAUAGUCCUCCUGCUCCAGUUCCUGCGCCAUCUGGUGACAAUUUUGAAGCAAGUGAAGUUGAUCAUAAGGAUCAUGUGCCGUAUGUAUGGAUUAUUGGGGGUUUAGUGUCUGGACUCGCUCUAAUUAUAUUGAGCAUAGUUGUUUGUAUCUGCUUAAGGUCAUCAAACUGCUUCACUGAAGCCUGUGGAAAUUCUACUAAGGAUCCCAGUGGCAAGAAUUCCCAUAAGUUUCAUAUUCUUCAGAAGCGUAGUUUCUGUUGUGUUUCAGGAAGGUACGAUGGCAGCAAGUCUGGGGACAAUAAGCAGACUACUGCCGAAGCUAGCCACCUUCCAGUUAUCAUCCCCAAAGCUUUUGGGACUGAUGUAUUUGACAUGGAGAAGCCAGUAGUUUUCACAUAUGAAGACAUUCUUUUCUCAACUGAUGGGUUCUCUGAUUCAAAUCUUCUUGGACAUGGAACAUAUGGUUCUGUGUAUUAUGGCAACCUUCGUAACCAGGAAGUUGCUAUCAAAAGGAUGACUGCUACAAAAACUAAAGAAUUCAUGGCAGAGAUGAAAAUCUUGUGCAAAGUUCAUCACACUAAUCUGGUAGAAUUAAUUGGCUAUGCAGCCACAGACGAUGAGCUCUUUCUUAUUUAUGAAUAUGCCCAAAAGGGUUCACUCAAAAGCCAUUUACAUGACCCUCAGAACAAAGGUCAUCCAUCAUUAUCUUGGACCAUGAGAUUACAGAUUGCACUUGAUGCUGCUAGAGGUCUUGAAUACAUCCAUGAUCACACUAAAACCCAUUAUGUCCAUCGAGAUAUUAAGACAAGCAACAUCUUACUUGAUGAAGCCUUCAGAGCAAAGAUUUCAGAUUUUGGGUUGGCAAAACUUGUUGGAAGAACAAGUGAUGGAGAAGCCACCACAACCAAAGUUGUCGGUACAUUUGGCUAUUUGGCACCAGAAUACUUGAGCGAUGGUCUAGCCACUGCCAAAAGUGACGUAUAUGCAUUUGGUGUUGUUCUUUUUGAGAUAAUAUCGGGGAAGGAGGCCGUUAUACGAACUGAAGGCACGGUGACCAAAAAUCAUGAGAGACGCUCAUUAGCAUCAGUUAUGUUAUCAGUGCUUAGGAACUCACCUGACUCAAUGAGCAUGUCAAGCUUGAAAGAUUAUGUCGACCUGAAUUUGAUGGAUUUGUAUCCUCAUGAUUGUGUAUUCAAGUUGGCCAUGCUUGCGAAGCAAUGCAUCGAUGAGGAUCCUAUCCUUCGUCCGGACAUGAAGCAAGUCGUAAUUUCUCUGUCACAGAUCCUCUUGUCCUCUGUGGAGUGGGAAGCAACUCUUGCUGGGAACAGCCAAGUUUUUAGUGGCCUUGUCCAAGGAAGAUAGAAAUGGAGGCAAUGUCUUUCCUCUCCCCAACUUUAGCAUCCUCAUUUUUUCUUUCUUUCUUUCUUUCUUUACCCCACUUGCUCCUUUUUCAUCUUUAAGCUAUGUGUAUAGUGGCACUUAUUUAAAGCUACCAUCUAGUCUAGUAUAUAGAUUCUUACAAAUUCUUUUUCUUGUUGUUUGUUUGAUGCAUCUCUUUGCAGUUUCAGUUGUGUGGGAAAAUUUUGGCGUAAUUCAAAGUUUCUCCUAAAAUGUAAAACAAUUAAAGUUUUGAUGAUUUUUCAUAGUUUAUGUACAAAUUUAAGAAUUUCAUUA